AUGGCGGCGUAUCCUCCCGUGACACCUGCAAAUGGUGCAAACUUCACUCAAAUAAUCCAUAAGCACACCUACCCUUUCAUUGAUUCUAGAUCCAAAGCAAAUCAUGCCGGCCGUGCUGUUUUCGUGUCCGGAGGCAGUCGUGGAAUCGGAAAAGCCAUUGCUAUUUCAUUCGCUCAAGCUGGUGCCUCGUUCAUUGGACUAGGAUGUCCCGACGGCUUCGGGGAUCCCCCUGUCAAUGUCGAGAUUGAGAAUGCAGCGAGACAAUGCGGUCGACCGGCUCCCACAGUCCUCUUACUUCAUUUAGACGUGACGGAUAGUGCGUCGGUAGCGGCAGCAGCGGCCAGAAUGCAGGAGUCUUCGUCGAGGCUGGAUGUCUUGGUGAACAACGCAGGGUUCAUGACCCAGGCUCUUCCGAUAGUAGGAGCCGGCAAUGAUUCAUGGUGGAAGACUUUUGAAGUCAACCUGAGAGGGAUCUUCUUGAUGUGUAAAUAUUUUACACCUCUCUUACAUGGAACAACAGAUGGCCUGAAGACACUCGUCAACGUCAACUCAGUGGCGUCCCUGAAUCUCCGUCCCGAAGCAAGUGCAUAUGGCACGUCCAAAUUCGCCGUCCUGAAAUUCACCGAGUUCCUGCUUGUGGAGCAGAGAAAACAGGGACUCCUGGCGUUCUCCGUGCAUCCUGGGGGAGUCAUGACUCAGCUGGCAGAAGCAAUGCCUAAAGAAACACACCCGACUUUCACCGACAGCCCGUCAUUGGCCGGGGAUACAAUAGCCUUUCUCACGUGUGAAAGACGAGAAUGGCUCGCUGGAAGGUAUCUCAGCUGUACUUGGGACAUGGAGGAGCUUUUUGCGAGACGAAAGGAGAUAGAGGAGGGUGACAAGUUGAAAGUGCGGCUUGUUAUGUAG